AUGUCAGUAUCUCGUUACCUAGUUGAGGAAUCCAGUUCAAUGCCGAAGAGAGUCAAGAUGGGCGUCCCAUUGGUGUUAGGUUUUUCAGAUAAGAACAAACUUGGAACCAUACAGCCUCACAAUGAUGCUUUGGUGGUUACACUUAGAAUUGGUGGGUACAAUAAGAAAAGGGUGAUGAUCGACCGGGGCAGCGGAGCUGAGAUUAUGUAUCCUAACCUAUACAAGGGGCUAAAUUUGAAACCUGAGAAUUUAACAGCCUACAGUUCUCCUCUGGUGAGUUUUGAAGGUAAAAUGGUCAUUCCAAAGGGUCAGAUCAGACUACUUGUACAGACUGGCUCUGAUGUGGUGGAGGUGGACUUCAUUGUGGUAGAUGCUUUCUCUCCAUAUACGACCACUAUGGGCAGACCCUGGCUUCAUACCCAAGGAGCUGUCUCCUCCACUCUUCACCAGAAGGUGAAAUAUCCCUCUGGAGGCCAGGUUUUGGAAAUAUUAAGAAGUCAGUCUUCGGCUAGGCAGUGCCUGGUAGCGGCCAUCGAACAUCGGCUCGAGGCUGAAAUCUCGGCCACUACUGAGAAUAAUUUAUAG